AUGGCAACGAGCUCCGCCCCAGAUAUCGACAUGGUCAUCGAGGAGACCAGAAGGACCCCAUUUACAAACAGAAUCACCAGCGUAAGGCUGCAUCAUGUUGGGAAAUUAAAAUUCCCCGAAUAUGCAGGAAACACAGACCCAAAGACCCACGUACGAGCCUUUCGUCUAGCAAUAUCAAGAGCACACCUCACUGACAACGAAAAAGAGGCCGGUUACUGUCGCUUCUUCGCCGAGAACCUCACGGGGGCCGCCCUCGAAUGGUUCGCUGGACUAGAAGAAAACUCGAUUGAUAAUUUCACUCAGUAUGUAUCUACGUUCCUCAAACAGUAUUCAGUCUUCAUAGAGACAAGAGUUACCGAGGCAGACCUUUGGAAUCUCAACCAAGCCCCUUUCGAGCCGUUGAGAGCGUACAUAAACAAGUUCCGAGAAAUCAAGGCUAAUAUUUCGCAUCCGAACGAGGUCGUCGCCCUAGCGGCAUUGAAGAAUGGCGUAUGGUUCUCAUCUAAAUUCAGGGUAGAACUAGCAGUACGAGCACCAAUCUCGUUGGAUGACGCCCUACACCGAGCCUCUUACUUUGCCACACACGAAGAGGAGGUCGCAGCCUUAAAAGAACAGUAUCACGCGAACAAGAAUAAUGCAACUAAAAAGCCUACUGCUCCUAAGGAGCCAGCGACCAAAGGACAACAUUCCUAUGCAAUAAACAACUCACCACAAAAUUCUUUGACAUACGACCUCAGCAAAUAUUGCUCUUUCCAUGACCGCAAAGGCCAUUCGACCGAAGAAUGUCGAUCCGCGCUUCACAGUCAGAAUGAAAAUAAGAAAACCACUGAAGAAACCGGAGAGGAAGAGGAAGAACCAGUGACUCCAAAAUCCAACCGAAAGGCCAAAGUCUCGAAAAACAAAAAAGGCAGGGAGACCGAGCAGGAAUCACCGAGCUCUCCCCCCCAGCUCCGAAGAAAAGAGUCGACAUGA